UUUUAGAAAUGCUGCUGGGAGCUUAGAGCAUGGGGCUGCUCCAAGUUUGAGAGAUGAGUUUUAAUUUCCCUUGAAAAUCUCGAUGUGGGCGUGGGCAAGCGACUGGCUGUACUGAGCAGCACCACAGCGCUGCCGGUCAAGGGAACCGUUCGGGGUCUGUUAGCCCCUUUCCCCGCCCACCCAUCAGUUCUGGCCGCGCAUGCGCGGAGCUGGCGGAGAGUUUUCGGCUGGGAAAUGGCGGCUGCGGGGUUAGUGGCUGUUGCAGCGGCAGCGGAGUACUCUGGCCCAGUAGCGUCCGGGGGUAACGUCUCCGGUGUUAACUGCGGCCCAAGCCCCGGAGCAGGCCCUGGUCCUGGCCCAGGCUCGUGGAGCCGCUCUCUCGAUCGAGCCCUGGAGGAGGCGGCGGUAACCGGAGUGCUCAGCCUGAGCGGCCGGAAACUGAGGGAGUUUCCCCGGGGAGCGGCCAACCACGACCUGACGGACACCACCCGGGCGGACCUGUCACGAAAUCGCCUCUCAGAAAUCCCUCUAGAAGCAUGUCACUUUGUUUCUCUUGAAAAUCUCAACUUGUACCAAAAUUGUAUUCGGUAUAUCCCAGAGGCAAUUCUAAACCUACAAGCUCUAACAUUCUUAAAUAUUAGUCGGAACCAGCUGUCAACAUUGCCAGUACACUUGUGUAAUUUGCCAUUGAAAGUCUUAAUUGCAAGUAAUAACAAACUGGUCUCACUUCCAGAAGAAAUUGGACACCUUAGACAUUUGACAGAACUUGAUGUGAGCUGCAAUGAAAUUCAAACUAUACCUUGCCAAAUUGGUAAUCUGGAGGCCUUGAGAGACCUUAAUGUAAGAAGAAAUCACUUAGUACAUUUGCCUGAAGAGCUGGCAGAGUUGCCUUUGAUACGGUUAGACUUCUCAUGCAAUAAAAUUACAACAAUCCCUGUUUGUUAUCGGAACCUCAGGCACCUACAGAUGAUCACCCUAGAUAACAAUCCACUACAAUCACCUCCUGCACAGAUAUGUAUAAAAGGCAAAAUCCACAUAUUUAAAUACCUGAACAUACAAGCUUGUAAGAUUGCUCCAGAUCUGCCAGAUUAUGAUAGAAGACCCUUGGGUUUUGGCUCCUGCCAUGAAGAACUGUACUCAAGUCGCCCUUAUGGAGCCCUUGAUUCAGGUUUCAACAGUGUGGACAGUGGUGAUAAGAGAUGGUCAGGGAAUGAACCUACAGAUGAAUUUUCAGAUCUGCCUCUUAGAGUAGCAGAGAUUACUAAAGAGCAAAGACUACGAAGAGAAAGCCAGUACCAAGAGAAUCGCAACAGUUUAGUAGUAACAAAUGGUGGAGUGGAACAUGAUCUGGAUCAGAUUGACUACAUUGACAGCUGUACUGCAGAAGAAGAAGAGGAGGAGGUGAGACAGCCCAAGGGCCUGGACUCAGACAGCCUUAGUUCACAGUUUAUGGCGUAUAUUGAACAACGGCGAAUCUCUCAUGAGGGUUCACCAGUAAAGCCUGUAGCCAUUAGGGAGUUUCAAAAAACAGAAGAUAUGAGAAGAUAUUCACAUCAAAACAGGCUUCCAGUUGAGCCAUCUUCUCUCUUGUCACUAUCACCAAGUCACAAUCAGCUAUCACAUAAAGACUUGGAACUUCAUCGGAGAAGGGAACAGUUAGUAGAGCGUACUCGGAGAGAGGCACAGCUUGCUGCCCUCCAGUAUGAGGAGGAGAAAAUAAGGACCAAGCAGAUUCAGAGAGAUGCUGUGCUGGACUUUGUCAAACAAAAAGCAUCGCAAAGUCCACAAAAACAACAGCCCCCCUUAGAUGGUGAGUGUUCCUUCCCAUCCAGAAGGUCUCAGCACACUGAUGAUAGUGCCUUGUUAGUGUCGCUGUCAGGGUUGAAUCAAGUGGGCUGUGCUGCUAUGCUGCCUCAUUCUUCUGCCUUCACACCUCUUAAGAAUGAUGACAGAGCUAAUGCUAUAUCGAGUUCCCCUACAACAGAAACAGUUCAUCAUUCCCCUGCAUAUUCUUUUCCUGCUGCUAUCCAGAGAAAUCAGCCCCAGUGCCCCGAAAGCUUCCUUUUCCGAGCAGCUGUCAGGGCAGAAGCAAAUAAAGGUCAUGCUUCACCCCUUCUUGCGUCUUCUGCACCUGCUACUACUACUACAGACCCCAUAACAAGACAGAAUUCAAGACAGAGAGAGGAAGAACUGGAAUUAAUAGAUCAACUACGGAAACAUAUUGAGUACCGAUUGAAAGUAUCUCUGCCUUGUGAUCUUGGAGCAGCUCUAACCGAUGGUGUUGUUCUUUGCCAUUUGGCCAAUCAUGUGCGACCUCGAUCUGUCCCAAGCAUUCAUGUUCCCUCACCAGCUGUACCUAAAUUAACAAUGGCAAAAUGCAGGCGAAAUGUGGAGAAUUUCCUAGAAGCUUGCAGAAAAAUUGGUGUACCUCAGGAGCAAUUAUGUUUGCCUCUCCACAUUUUAGAAGAGAAAGGUUUGAGCCAGGUUGCAGUGACGGUCCAGGCUCUCCUAGAACUUGCCCCACCCAAGCAACAGCAGCACCAGUUAUCUGCUGUUUAAGGACUCCAGGACCUUGGGCGUUGGCCUAGCCAAAACAAGGAACAGGACAACGUGAUUGCUGCUGCCCGCUGUCUGCUUAAACAAAGCUCUUAUGUGUUCUUAGAAGGGACUGCCUCCAUGAUUCCUGACAGGAAUAUUUUGCUUCAUUUCUCCAUUUUAGGGGAGGUUAUAUCCAUUUCCAUUGAAUUUUUUUAUGAAGACAUAGUUGGUUUUCUCAAAUGAAACUUCUCUCAUUACUGAGAACCCAACACCAAAGCCUAAACUGGCUGUGCUUUCCUAGCGAGCAGGCUUAUUUCACAUACCAGAAAGCAUAUCUUCUCAGGAAGAUACUUGGCUCUCUUGAAGGCCCAAACAUGCUAUUAUCUUUACCUGUUCUCAAGACAUCUACAGUCCACUGGUUUCUAAACUUGGUCAUUCGUUAGAACCCCCUGGAGCAUUUGUUAAAAUACAGAUUUGGGCCAGGUGUGAUGGUUCACACCUGUAAUCCCAGCAGUUUGGGAGGCUGAGGCAGG